AUGGCGAACACUUGUCUCAUGCCAAACCCCGUCGAACGGUUCUGUUACCAGUAUCUUCAACUAGAAUCUGUGCUCGACUUCCCUGCUCCUGAGGUAAUCAGACAACAAACAGCACAAGACACCAUUUACAAGAAGCUCUUUUCGGAGGAGGGACCUCGUUACAGCCCUCCUGCUAGGUAUCGUCUAAAAGUUCUUAAAGAGCUUGUCUCACGCAUCGAAUCGGGCAUUGAGGAUUGGGACCAGCAUGAAGUCUCGGAGGAUCUCAUGACAGCAUUGUCGGAAUCUCUCGCGGCUCCAGUGCCCUCUGAGAUAUCUUCAGCUCAGCAGAAAACCUACGUCACCUAUCACCUCGGUAGUCUCGAGCAGAGGAGCUCCUCGGAACCACACUUACACACGACUGACAUCACCCUCCUCGAGUCCCGCUCGCUGAUCUCUGCUUCUGGCACCACGGGCCUCAGAACUUGGGAGGCCGCGUUGCACUUGGGGCAAUAUCUCUGCGUAAACCAAAAGAUCAUCAAGGGGAAGCGCAUUCUCGAGUUGGGAGCGGGCACUGGAUACCUAGCCAUCCUGUGUGCGAAGCAUCUCGCCGCCACCCAUGUUGUUGCCUCGGAUGGGUCUGAUGAUGUUAUCAACAACCUCCCGGAAAGCCUCUUCCUGAAUGACCUGCAAGGAAGCACUCUCGUCAGGCCCAUGGAACUGAGAUGGGGUCACGCAAUGGUGGGCACCGAAGACCAAAAAUGGAACAGCGGCGAGAACGUCGACGUUGUCAUCGGGGCAGACAUCACCUACGAUCAGAGCAUCAUCCCGGCCCUCAUCGCCACUCUCCAAGAGUUAUUUGCCAUGUUUCCGGCCAUUGAGGUCUUGAUAUCCGCUACGCAGCGGAAUGAGAUUACGUUCGAGGCGUUCUGUAGUCGUUGCCGACAGUGCGGGAUGGGCCUGACCUAUGUCGACUUUCCCAUACCCCCAAGGGAGCAACAGAGGGGCCCAUUCUACAGCGAUAGCGUCCCGAUUCGAAUCUGUCGAGUUUUGGCGCCUUCAAGAACGGGCGUGAUGUGGUGA